AUGAAGUUCCUCGCCGCCGCCACACUCUUCGGCUUUGCUGCCGCCGCCGUUGAGACUGUCACUAUCUCCAACUUCGUCUACGUCGGUGUCAAUGGCUACCCUCAAAUCUCCUUUCAACUUUCUGUUGAUGGAGUGAAAUGCGCAGCUGACCACUACACCGUCGACUCACUGGGCAACCCCUGCGAUAACCCUGAGUGGACUUUCGACAUUUUUGAGGAACAAGGUCGCGAGAUCCGCUUGCACCACACUGUUGACGGGGUCACUCACACUGGUGAUUUUUAUAUUCGCCUGAACGGUCCUAUCCCUACCGUACUCGACCAGAUUGGUACCUCCACCGCCGACUUGGACAAGGUUACUUCCUAG